GUUUUGUUGUCAGUUUUGUAUCAUCUCACCAUCAACCAUGAUCAUGAUAUCUCACAAGCGAGUGGAAGGAGGCAAUACCUGGUUGCUAGUAUACUGGGUUCUGUAAAGCAAAGACUGGUUUCUAUAAUCACAUCAACACUAAAUCAGGAUUUAAAUCUGACUUGUAAACUACUGGACUAUACUCUAGAUUCAAGUAUUAGUCAGCUUGAUCUAUGCACCAGGAAUUUUAGUUCAUUUUCCUUCCCCGUGGAACAGGUUCAAACUGUUUACAGAGACGAGGAUGAAGAAAAAGAGGAAAAGGAGAUAAUUAAUUGGUAUACAGGUGCUGUCAAGAGGAAAGAGGAAACUGUGAGCAAGGUUCUAGUUUACAAUAGCUACUUCUACCCUACACUGGAGCGUAUGAAGAAAUUGCGGCAUGUUGUACUGCACGGGGUCUGUGAUAACCAAACCCUUUCUAUUAUGGGGCAAAACUGUAACGUACUGCAGUUUCUAGAUUUAACAGGUUCUGCUGAUGUGACUGAUGUUGGAAUUCAAAACCUUGUAUUUCCUCUGUCUGUUCAGAAGGCUGGCAGGGUCAACCUAGUUAACACGAGGGCUAAGACCAACCCUUCAGCAAAGCAGCUUCACACUGUGUUGGUCCGUGGGACCGGAGUAGAUGUUACAGGGUGCAUUAUUCUUCUCCAGUUUUGUCCCCGGCUUACCAAAGGUGGAGGACACUUGGAACAUGACAAUAUUGGGGAAGCUAUCUAUAUACUAAACAAGAAACUAAAAGUAACCAGCAUUAUGCUUAAAGAACUAAUUGAUGCUGAGAUUGACGAGCAGAAAGAAGCUGUCUUCUCACAAAUAAUUUGUAAACUUGAAUCUUUAAAAACCAGUGGAAAGUGUCUAACCCGAAUCCAAAGCCUGUUCUCCCCUAACAACUCCAUAUCUGAACUUUAUCUUGAUUUCUUACAUCAAGAUUUUCGGUCAGAUCUCAUUUCAUUUCUUGGGAUUUAUCCAGGAGCUAAUUUGAAAGUGUUAGAAAUUAGAAAUAUGGAUGAUCCUCUAGAGAUUGAUAUCAUCAGUGAGGAAUGUUCGAACCUUGUGAACUUAAGAAUGAUGCUGUGCGGGGUUAUGGGAAAUAGUCAUACGCAGACAAACAGUCAUUUUCCCAAGUUAACCAAGUUAAAUAUGAGAACUUCAAACCCUGAAACCAUGCUCUCGUUCAUGAGAAACAAUGUAAGUGUGAGAGACCUGAAAAUAUCUUGCCCAAACGAAGGCAAGUCAAAGUUUACAGAUGUUUUUAUUCAAACAGUCUGUGGAUUCAAAGGCUUUCUGCCGGCUUUAAAAACUUUAAGAUUUUCCUCUAAAUUUUCGUUUGGAUUUACAUCUGCACAAAAGCUUAUUGAAAGUCUAAUAUCUUUAGAGUAUAUAGGACCAUUGGAAAUGUUAACAAAACUUUCAAAACCAGAUGUUAAUGAUCUGGUAAACUGGGUGAAGGAAAACAACUGGAAUGUGAUUCUUGGGUAUAAGGGAGCUCAAUAUAAUGUGUUUAACAUUGACCAAAGUGAUCCAUGGAAGCAUAAAUAUAUUCCGGACAAGGGAAGAAUUCCAGUGAAAAAGGAAAAGUCAGUUUAUAAAAGAACAUUGUCUGUACCCACUGGGUUAUCUGAUGACGAGGAUGAGAUAUCAUUUUUCAGUGACGGAAGGAAAAGAUCAAGAACUAACUCUGUAUUUCUUUCUCCGUCGCAAUGUUCAGUUAGAAAAUCUGGAAGCUUAAUAUCCCUCAAGAAAUCAAAUGGAUCAAAUCGAACAUCUGUCAAUCUUGAAAAUGAAGAAUUUGAAUUUGAAUUUGCAAUGGAUUCAGAUGGGUUUAUCAAAAAUAAGGAUUACAAGCUGUAUAAUCAUCAGAUUGCUCAGUUUGAAAAUGACGAGGACUAUGAUGAUUAUGAUGAGUUUGAUGAAGAUACAAUGGAUGUUGAAGAUUUACCAGAGGAUGCUGAAUUUGAGUGGUGCUGGGGAGAAGAUGGAAAUCUCAAAAUUUAUGAGAUUGACAAAACUGGAAAAGAGGAAGACACUGAAGAAGGUGCAAAUGGUUCAAUACUUACCAAAGAAGAACAAUCAUUUCUUGGAAAUAAAGAAUAUGAGUUCUCUUUGGAAGGAAAUGUUAUUUUACCUGAGCAUAACAAAGAAGAUUAUAAAUUAGAAGAACCUAUUGAUGAAAAAAUGGAUUCAACAACUUUUAGUAAGGUGCAAAGCAAAGAAGCUGUUAUUGAAACACCUGUCCCCGAAAUAAAGGAAACCCCUGCAAAUCCAGAAAUAGAUGCUGUUUCAUCACAUGACCCUGUAACCAUAUCAAGAUCAAAAUCUUAUUCUGCUACUCAAACAAAAUCUAGGAGUAAAGUCAAGUCUCCUUCCCUUCUGUCGAGCAAGGAAGAAACAGAAGUUAGCACAUCUAGCAGAAGAGCAAAGAAAAGAUAUGCUCCACUGUCUCCGCCUCCUGUUAUUGAAGAUAAACUUAUCUCUCAAAAUGAGACAGCUCCUGUUAGCUCUGCUUCCAAGUCCCUUAAUGGAAUCACAGAAAGCCGUUCUUCUUUGAUACCACCAAAAGCUGCAAAGUCUGAUGCAGAAUCCAAUAAAAUGGGGAAAAUUUCAAGUAUUUUCCAGAAGAGUGAUCCUGGUAAGUUGACAACCAACAUUAAACCCAAUUCCAUCAACGUAAAUAAUGUCUCAAAUACAUCAAACAGCUCAAUAGGUGGUGAGCUGUUAAAAAAGGCACCUGUUCUCUUGGCUCCUAUAAAAACUCAGGUGAUUGAAGUUUUUGAAUAUGACCCACUUUUAGGCUAUUGCACUGUGAAACGUAAAACAGUUCCCAUAGAUGAAAAGGAAACUUUGUCAGAACCCUCAAAAUCUAUCAAUAUUUCAUAUCUUAAGACUUCCGAUUCAGAAAAUCCUACACAAGAAAUUAGCCCUAAUGAUAAUUCUGAAAACAUGGCACAACAAUCAUUAACUGUAACUGAUACAAUUGGUAAAACAAAAUCUAUCUUGUCACAGUCUACUCCAUCUCCAGCAAUGGAUGAUUUAAUAUCUCCAGUAGCAUCUUUGUCUCAAAAAGCUGAAAGCAAUCCAUCAAGCAAUACAUCAUCAAAAGAAAAUAAAGUUCCAAACAAGUCACCCAGCAAGAAAUCUAGUAUAGAAACUGAACCCUCCAAGCCACUGAUCCCUAUGUCUAGUAUGUCCAAAUAUGACAUUCCAUUCCUCGGUGUGCUCUUUGCUGCCAACAAUGGGAAAUCAAUUCCAGGUCCUCCAAAAUGCAAACCUCCAAGCCUGCCUCCUAAUAUAGAAAAAGCACUACCCAAACUAAGUCGCCCAGCGCCUGAAGAAACUCCAAAGAUUAGUAGUGAACCAAAACCCCAACCUAAACUGGAUAUCAAAGUUGAACUUGUCAAAGAAAAAGAUACAGUGAUUAAUGUCACAAUUCCAAAACCUGAAAAGCAUGCACAGAAACAUAAGAGCAGUAAACCGGAAGAAGCCAAGGAAUGGUAUUGGGACUAUGAAGAAAACUGUUGGAAAGAAUGUGAUCCAGAAGAAGAAUAUGAAUGGGAGUAUAUAGAAUCAGAUGAGGAAAAAGAAAAGGAACCUGUUCAGCAUGAAGUUAUUGUUUUGCCAAGAAAGACAAAUUCAGUUCAAAAUGAAGAAAGCAUCAUAAGUAAAAAUGUCUGCAGCACCCCAGGAACAGAAAAAGAUAAUUCUAAACUACCUGACUUGCAAAAGGACGCAAGGAAUGAGAAAAAGCAUUAUGGAUCCCAAGAUUUGCUGAAUGUGUCAGAAGAUGAGGAGGAGCUAAGUCCAUUAUUGUCUGAUGCUUAUGACAAGGAUCUUGAAACGGACCGUAAACAUGCUAGUAGAUGGGGAAAAAGCAGAAAAAGAAGCGGAAAGCUGGCUCGACAAACAACUGUUGAAGAUGAUGUCAGUGAGUCCCUUUCUGUCAGUCAGGAAGAUCUGUUGGAUCAUUCAUCACCCAGAAGAAGAAAGAAGGGGGUUGUAGAUCCUCCACCUAAACAUUCCUUAUACGAUUUAUCAUAUUUUGAUGAUGAACCCGUGUCGGCCUUGGAAGUUAGUCAAAGAGCAAGAAGAAGGAGGAAAGAUACUGAGGAGGAGAAGGAAACAAGAAUACAGGAGGAAAAACAAAAAGAGCCAAAAGCUAGCCAAGAUGAUUUAUCAAGAAAAGACAAAAUGGAUGCUCAGAUGAAACGAAGAAACACUGGCAAGAAAAUGGAUGGAGAGAAGGCAAGAGUAUCUGCGACUAAGCUUGAAAAAGCACCAACAACCAAGCAAGAAAAGAAGUCUGAAAUAAGAAAGCGUGACCAAGAUCGAGGAAGUGAUAUGGAAUCUACCAAUCAUUUCAAGUCCAAUAUCCAAGAUUCAGAUGAGCCUGCUGAAGAUGAACCAGAUGAAAAGAAUGUAACUUUCUGCAUGUGGGGUCAUGAAAAUUGUCGCACAAGAUCUCACUACCGGUACAACUGGCAAUGGGAUUAUGUGCAGAAAUAUGCUGACCAGCACAAUAAGAACAUGAUCCAAGGCUAUCAACCUAGAGAGGAAAGAUCAUCAAGGCCUGCAGAGGAACAGCCACAAGAUAUUAAGGAUAAGAAGCCAAGCAAGGAUGGUAUAAAGAUAAGAUUGCAGAUGCUUCAAAAUAAGUUUUCAAGUGGGAAGACAAGUACCUCGGUUAAGCUGAACCAGUUUGAAAGAGAUCUUGAGCUUGAAAUGUUGAGACGAAAGAAAAAUUACAAAUAUUGAAAAUGAUUUAAUAUUUUUUAUAAUUCAGAAAGUUGUAUAUUCAAAUAAAUAUUUAACCUGUCAUAUUUUUACACAAGCCAAAUAAAUAUUGUAU